CUGACUUGAUUUGUAAAAGCUUCAAUCUUAUACUGUGUAAACUAAUCGUGACCUGUACUUCAUAUAGACUGGCGAAUGUCAAUAGGGAUAAUAUUUUCAUGUUAAAAAUUGUUCGAGGCUACUCUCUCAUGGCAUCUAUUCGAUCAAAUCUGUCAUCUAUAAAAGAAGAGAUAGCUAAAAGUGGAAAUUGUGAACGUGUGCGGUUAGUGGCUGUAAGUAAAACGAAACCUGCUGCUGACUUAGAGGUCGCCUAUGAGGCUGGACAGAGGGUGUUUGGUGAGAAUUACAUUAAUGAGCUGGUAGAGAAAAGUCAUACUCUAGCCCAUCUUGGUGACAUCAAAUUCCAUUUUAUCGGUAACUUACAAAAAAAGAACUGUCCAAAGUUAACUACUUGUAAAAAUCUGUCUAUUGUGGAAACAGUUGGCUCAGAAAAAGUAGCAAGAGCUUUGAACAAUGGGUGGAAGAAAAAUGGCGAUGGUAGUACCCUGGACAUUUUCAUUCAAAUUAAUACAAGUCGAGAAGAACAAAAAAGUGGCUGUAUGCCUGAAGAAACUAUAAGCUUAGCUAACUUUGUCAAAUCAGAAUGUGAUGUAUUGAGUUUAAAAGGAGUUAUGACGAUUGGAGCAUUUGGGUAUGACUGGAGUCAAGGUGAUAAUCCUGAUUUCAUAGAGCUUCUCAAGUGUCACAAAGAACUGUGUGAACAUUUUGGUCAGGAUCUUGAAAUCUCCAUGGGCAUGUCUGACGACUUCGGUAAAGCAAUCGAGAUGGGUAGUACCAAUGUGAGAGUUGGCAGCAAGAUAUUUGGUGCUAGGAACUAAUUUUAAAAACUGAGUUUGAAUUGGACAUGAUACUUUUUUGGAUGAUGUUUAUUGUUUAACUAGGUUAUUUUACAUCACUAAUUUUUGUGAUACUGUAAAUUUCUGUGAGUGACCCUUACAAAUCUUGAAAAUUUGCAGGGAUGUUUUUGCUGAGAUACUUCAAAUUGGAGUUUUAAAUUAUACAAUAUUAUAUGUACGUACAUUUAAAUGAAAUCAAAGA